CGAGGAUCACGGCAAGAGACGCAUUUCCAUAUGCCAAAUCUGGUCGAAACGGUAGCGCCCCAUCAUCGUGCCAAGAGGAGGUUCCCAGCCCUCCUGGAGGCGGGGAACCGAAUCCAGGCUCCAGACCCAGACCUCACCCCAUCGUCAAACCGGACCGUGAUGGGGUGUCCCAACCCGAGGGACCGUGAUUUGGGUGUCCCAACCCAAGGGACCGUGAUUUGGGUGUCCCAACCCGAUGGACCGUGA